UGCACCGCCGGCCUGGCGGGGAAGCGUGGCGGGCUGGGAGAGGCGGGUCACGGGUUCGCCUGGGGACGCUUUCCUCGGCUGGGGGUUCACCCCAGCAGGAGAGCCGGAGCUCCCGCCCCAAGUGAGAAGAAACAGCGUCCGGCAGACUCUGCUGUCCCCCACCUGCAGCCUGCUGCCAUGAGGUUGAAUCAGAACACCAUGUUGCUGGGGAAGAAGGUGGUCUUGGUGCCCUACACCUCAGAGCACGUACCUAGGUACCAUGAGUGGAUGAAAUCAGAGGAACUGCAGCGUUUGACAGCCUCAGAGCCACUGACUCUGGAGCAGGAGUAUGCAAUGCAGUGCAGCUGGCGGGAGGAUGCUGACAAGUGCACCUUCAUUGUGCUGGACACAGAGAAGUGGCGGGCCCAGCCAGGCCCUUCUGAAGAGAGCUGCAUGGUGGGCGAUGUGAACCUCUUCCUCACGGAUCUGGAAGACCCCACCUUGGGGGAGAUUGAGGUCAUGAUCGCAGAGCCCAGCUGCAGGGGCCGGGGCUUUGGCACUGAGGCUGCUCUCCUGAUGCUGUCCUACGGAGUAACCAAGCUAGGUCUGACCAAGUUUGAGGCAAAAAUCGGGCAAGGAAAUGAACCCAGCAUCCGGAUGUUCCAGAAGCUUCACUUUGAGCAGGUGGCUGUGAGCAGCGUCUUCCAGGAGAUGACACUUAGACUGACAGUGAGUGAGCCUGAGCGGCAGUGGCUUCUGGAUCAGACCAGCCACGUGGAGGAGAAGGCUUAUAGAGAUGGGUCAGCAGAGCACUGAUGCCAGCCAGGCCUUGGCAGCCACUCUGCAGGAGCUGGGGCGUUGGGGCCACCCGCUCCAAGGACCAGAGUUCUUCGCAGGAGAUAAUGUAUGGUGCCUUUGGUCUCUGCUCCAAACUGGGAGUCACCUUCAGGGACCUCCAGACUUGGCCUGAGUUUGCCUGGACCUAAGCAGACUCCCCUUCCCUCUCUGCCAGACUGACUCAGAUGCCCUUGGAGUGGAUGGCAAGUAUCUCCUGGGAAGGGCACGGUGGAAAUGGGGAUGGACAGGCCUCUCCAAGGCCAGAGGCACCACCCAGGGGCACCAGCCUGACUUGGAGUAAAGCACUGGGCUGGCCAGUUCCCGUUUUCAUUUG